AUGCACCAAAAACCUCAAGCUGCCCUUGAAGCAAGGUUGGAUCCCAGAUUUCAGACACGGGGCAAGCGGCCAAGACAGUCACAACAGAGACACAAAGACUUUGAUAUAAUUCUGCGGCUGGGGCCGAAUCCUUCAAGCUCGGAUGUUCAACAAGCCUUGCAGAGCCUGUGCCACGAGUGGCAAAGUAAGCCUAGUCAUGUGACAAGACUGCUGCAGGAUGCACGGAGCAGCGGGGUGGUUGAUGGCAUCCUUCGUGGCAUGCACAAAAACCAUGUAGAGACCAACGUGUGGCAUUUGAAUGCCGCUUUGGGAUCCUUUCUGGAUGUAAGCAGUUGGCAGAAGGCAGUGCGACUCAUUGGAGCCACGCACCGUUCUUUUAUUGUUCCAGACGUGAUGACAGCCGCGGUGUCGACCAGAGCGUUCGUGGAAGGUGGCCGUUGGCGGUGUUCUCUGGAGUAUCUCGGCCGUAUGAGAGAUAUGCGAGCAGACAUCAGAAGCUACACCAAAUCAUUCCUGGCUCCUUGCACCGCCAGCAGCCGUUGGCAGCUGUCGUUUUGGUUUCUUCGCAUUUCUACUAGCUUGGAGAUACAGCCGGAUGCAGUAAGUUUAUCAGAGGUUCUCAGUGUUUGCAAAAGAGGCGCACGCUUUUGGGCUCGGGCCCUUCAGGGCACAAAGGGCCUACAUGUCACCGAGUCCGUACGAACGGCCAACUCGUACCUUGAUGUUCUAUCGGGCCUUUGCCGAUGGAGGGACGCCGUGUCCUUGCUGACGAGAAUGGGUUCCAUGCGACUUCCCUGGGAUCAGAUAUCCGCCAACACUGUCAUCAAUGCCGUUCCUCUGUGGCAAGCAUCCCUGUCCUACUUUGACUCCUUCGGUGCACAUGCCUUGGAGCCGGACAUAGUCAGCCAUGGCUCGGCAAUCCCACUGGCAGUCGGGACGUGGCAGGAGGGCUUGAACUUCUUGUCUACGAUGCAACUUCGAGGAGCUUCUCCCAAUUCGCUGAUCUGGAACUCCUUCAUGGAUACGCUGGCUACUGAGGUGAGAUGGCUGCAGGCCUUCGAACUGGUCCACCAGCUGCCGUGUAGAUCUGUGCAGAGAGAUGUGAUCACGUACGCAGCCUGCAUGCUUGCAACGCAGUCUGCACUUUUGUGGCAAAAGUCCUUCGCCUUGGCUUCCUGCAUGUCGCGCGAAGCUCUGGCGCAUGAUGCCAUGAGCUGCUGCAUUUUCAGCCGUGCAUCCGAGUCUUGGCAGAGAGCGUACACCAUGCUGCACGCAAUCUCCUGCCAAGUGCGCAUGGACAUGAUUACCCAGAACUCGCUUCUGGCUGUCUGCAGCAAAGCUUCGAGCUGGGCAUGCGCUCUGGAGCUGUCCACUUCCACGCAAGCAGCCGGGAUAUCGCAAGACAGAGCCAGCUUUGGGGCAUUGAUCAGUGCCUGCACCCCACAGACGCAAAGCCUACAUUCACCCUGGGAGCCGGCUCUGCAUCUUCUUGACAAAGCGCAACCGUUGAAGCUCGACACAGCGAGCUGCAACUCGGCCAUCAGCGCCUGUACCCAGUCCGAAUGCUGGUGUGACUCGCUUGCGUUGCUGCAUAGUAUGCCCUCAAGAAGAGUUGUCGCAGAUGAAAUCAGUUUCAGCGUGGCCAUGCAGGCCUGCAAAGGCGAGCUUUGGAUGCGCACCAUUCUUCUAUUUGAAGAGCUUUCGUGUCGCAGACUCGGGCAAGAACUUUGCCGCCUGCUUAUUCUGCCCGAGUGCGAACAGCACACUUUGCGCUCAUUUGAGGCUGCAAUCGUUGACGGCCUUUGCGUGCAACUUGGGGACCCUCGCGACGCGUUCUCCGGCAUGACUGGCGAAGCUGCUGAAAACUGA